GUCUUGAUGCUACACCUCCCAUGUGGAAGAAUUGGUUUACAUAUCAGAUGUUAUAUCCAGUUACGUCUCCGGAGGCUCACUACAGCUGCCUGUGACACAUUUACUUUUGACACCAAAAGCCACCACUGUGCAUGUGCGUGUGUGUUGUUUAGCUAACGUGAGCAUGCCUAGCACAUCAGGGAGAGGUGACCUGCCGCAGACCAAAACAAUAAUAGUCUACAGGAACGGAGAUGCCUUCUUCCCCGGGAGGAAGGUUGUGGUGAAUCCCAGGCAGGUGCCGACCUUUGACAACUUUUUGACCUCUUUGACCAAAGGGAUUGAAGCUCCGUUUGGUGCCGUGAGGAAGCUGUACACGCCGAGAAAGGGCAACAAAGUGCAGCACUUGGAUGACUUAAAGCACGGGAGUGUGUAUGUUGCGGCUGGAAAUGAGCACUUUAAAAAGCUGAACUACUCUGAGAUAACAACCAAGAAGCCACAGAGUAGGAAAACACAACAGAUCCUUCCAGUUGUCCACAGCAAAAUAAUGGUUUCUGCUCGCUGGAAGAGAACUACCGACGAGUCCUGCACAAUAAACGUCUUCACCAACGGAGACGUGCUGGUUCCUCCGGCUCGCAUACGCAUCCCCAAGUACACUCUCAGGAGCUGGGAAAACGUCUUGGCCAUGGUGACUGAGAAAGUGCGACUUCGCACCGGCGCUGUUUUCAGGCUCUGCACAUUAGACGGAAGGCCUCUCUGCGGCCCCUUUGAACUCCAGAACAACCAGCGUUAUGUUGCAGUCGGUGCAGAAAAGUUUAAAGCUCUCCCAUAUGAGCAGUGCGUCCCUUGCAGGGAUUUAGUCAGAGAAAACAACAUGACCGAAAGCCAGGACAUCCUGCCUGCUAUUAGAAACCAAAGACAUUCAAAGGAUGUGUUAGCUCGUACGGGCUGGAGAGAGGACCUUGAGCACACAGCCAGGGGCCAGAUGAAGAAACACACAGGCAAGGCAGAGAGAAUCAAACAACAGAGGCAGGUGUCCAGAAACCCAGUUCUCUUCUCGACAGGGGAGGGCAGUGUGUUCAAUGCACAAAACAAAAGGAGCGAGAUGGCGGGAGCAGCGGAGGUGCAGGAAGACCGCCAGUUGAAAGUGGACCUGCCGAUUGAUCAGGUUGAGGCCAAGAUAGUUGAAGAGGAGUGUGAAGACGGGAGUUGUUCUGUGAGUUUCUGCAAGGCCUCCCUCCAUGAUUCAGAUGCUCUGCACAGGUCUUCGUCUCAAGCUUCCGGGAAGGAAGAGGCUAAAGAGAAGGAGGAGUCUUCCAGGCUCGGCAGAAUGCGGUCACGGAUGUCCCGGUUUUUCAAGGAAAUGGAACAUUAAUGUUGCUUUUCAUGGUCUGCUUGUUUCGGAUUGAAAAAGACUGGCUGUCUUUAGUAAGAUGGAUGUGUGCAUUCCCAGGGCAGAUGGCUGUGUUGUUACUCCGUGCACCCGGCUCACACUUUAACACCCGGCCUUGUCUGGCCUGACGGGCCAUUGCCUGGGGAAAGAACUCUACUACUGCUACUACAACUACAACUACAGCGUACAUGUGUGUUGUGCAGCUGACUGCAUGGGUGCUCACACUUUUUUUUUUUUUUUUUUUUUUUUUGGGGUGUAGACCUUAGUGGGCUGUGCGCCAAAUGCACAGAUGGGUUUGCUCUCUACGGAUCCCUGUUUUGUCAGUGGAAAGCUGUAGGAUGUGUUUAUAUUAUUUCUGAGAACAUGCUAAUUAACAUUGUGAGAAUUGUAUUUUCUCAGCAUUUAUUUACAGAUAUGCUGACAUGUACUUAUUUCCCAUAUAUCUGUACACACACACACACACACACACAGACACACACAUAUACAUAUACAUACAGUUAUAGUUACCUGCCUGAGUCAACGAAGUUGAUUGAAGAUGGAUAGAUGAACUUCUUUUUGGUUUAAUAACUUGAUUUGAUGUUAAAAUUCACUCGUGUCAUGUUCAUUGUGUCAACAUGUGGCUUCCACCCGUGCAGUAGCAUCUUAACAUGUAAACACUGGCCUCAGAGACCAAAUAAUGGUUGACCGCACUCUUUCUGUGAUCUCUACAAAUCCCUACAUACAUAAAGGUUUUAACACUUUGUCACCGGCUUAAUGGAAA